AAAUUGAGAGAAUCUAAGGGAAAUUGUCCGCAGUUGGAUUUGUGUGUGUUUUCUAUGAAUUAGGGGAAGGUACUCGAUAUAUUUUUGGAAACCUAAUACACCCUUACUAGCUGUCCAAUGGAGGAAUCUGAUUUUGAGGCACAGCUUGUGCAGGAAAAGAUAGAGGAAGAACAGAAAAAAAGAAAGACUAAGGUUGAUGAUGAUGGGACUGAGUAUGAAUGGAAUGAGGAAAAACAGGCCUGGUUUCCAAAGAUUGAUGAUGAUUUCAUUGCCAAAUAUCAGAUGGGCUAUGGCACUUCUGCAGAGACAGGCUCUGUAACUUCUGAUUUCCCUGCCGCUCCAGCAGACAUCAACAGCCUUGAGUACAAGGAGUGGUAUGAGCAAUAUUGUAAGAAAUAUUAUGGGGAUCAGUGGGCCCAGGGUGAAGAAGCUGCAGGAGGUGUAGAAGCGAAAGUUAGUGGAGAGGAAGGUGGUGAUCAUUCAGAAGAUGAAAACAGUGAUGAAUACAGGAAGAAAUAUUUUGAUUACUACGCAUACUACUAUGGACAUGAUGAAGCAGUGGCAUAUUGUGGUUAUGAUUAUUAUAAUCAAGAAAACUCGGAAGAAAAGGCAGCAGAUGAAACUCAACAGGAUAAGAAGGGAAAGAAAAGAAAAAAGGCAGCAGAACCAAAAAAACCAGAAGAACCUCCAUCCUGGUUUGAGGUUGAUGAAACAAAGAACACCAACGUAUAUGUGUCUGGGCUGCCACUUGAUAUCACUGACGAGGAAUAUCGCGAAUUGAUGAGCAAGUACGGCCUCAUAAUGGCCGACCCUGUCACCCGUGGCCUAAAACUCAAACUGUACAGGGACAAUGAAGGAAAUCCUAAAGGUGACGGACGUUGCUGUUAUAUAAAGGUGGAGUCUGUGGAACUAGCAAGGAAGUUUCUGGAUGACUCUGAAUUAAGAGGUCACAAGAUAAAAGUUGAGCUGGCUAAGUUCACUAUGAAAGGUGAUUUUGAUCCCAGCAAAAGAAGAAAAAAACUCAGCAACAAAGACAAACGGAAGUUCAAGGAAAAACAGGAAAAAUUGUUUGACUGGAGGCCAGAGAAAAAAGACUUAGGACAAGGUCCCAUGCGACCAAAGAAUGAAAAAGUUGUUGUCUUGAAGAAUAUGUUUGAUCCAAGUGAAUUUGAAGAACAGCCUACCUUAAUUAAUGAUCUCAGGGACGAUGUGAGGAUAGAGUGUGGAAGAUUUGGAGAAGUGAAGAAUGUAAAAAUAUUUGACAACCACCCAGACGGCGUGAUGAUGGUGUAUUUCAAGACGGCAGAGGAAGCUGAUGGCUGUAUAAACGCCCUUCACCACAGAUGGUUCUCAAAGCGUCGUGUUAUGGCACAGCAAUGGGACGGACGAACCAAAUUCGAAAUUGAAGAAUCUGAGGCUGAGCGGGAAGAGAGAUUAUCCAAAUGGGAAAAGUUUUUGGAAAGUGAUGAUAAGAAACCGAAAGGAGACACCAAAGAAGACAUAACUGAUUGUCAAAAAGACCAGGCAGCAAGCAUAGAUUCUGACAGCAGGGGACAAAGCAAAACUGACACUAACACUGAACCAAAUCAGAUUCAGGCAAAUGGAAAUAAAGGACAAGACGACCUCGCUUCCAUGAAUAAUAUUACAGGUUCUAGUAGUUCCGCGGAUAUGAAUGUACAAGCUAGGCCUUCAACGGAGGAGCCUGAAUAAAGUUCAUUGCGAAUGUCA